AUGACUUCACAUAUCAGAGUACACGUUCCACUAAAACCGCACAAGUGUUCUCUGUGUAAUAAGCAGUUCAAGCGCCCACAGGAUCUGAAGAAGCAUGAGAAGACACAUGGUGACGAGGUGGUUGAUCCUAGUGGUAAUAGUAAUACUACUAGUAACACACCCAUUUACCCUACGCUACCCUCCAAUAAACCCACUCAACCCAUUCAACCCACAAACAAUUGCAAAUCAAAGGAUGCUCAAUACCUGUACAACUACUUCCACCGCAAUCAAUCCAACUCGGUACCUAUUUCGGCAAAUGUCUCGGCUUCUAACCCGGCGCCUAUCUCGACAAACGAUUUCACUAACAAUUCCCCCUCCUAUCAAUCCAUCUACCCUGAUUGGAAUUCUCACAUAAAUCAACUCAAUUCCUUCAACUACAGCGUUCCUCCAAAAUUUCAUGAUUUGAAAUCUGGUCAGAAGAGAGGCAUUGAAGCGCUAUCAAUGGAUGAAUUAGUUGAUGAUUUAAUGAGAAAGAAGUUGGCUCAACAGCAGGUGAUUCAACAGCAGCCCCACACUCAAUCACAGUCCAAUCAACAACAGCCACACACUCAAUCACACCAACAAAACCCCCUCUUCGACAACAAGAUUUGCGACUCUCUCUGCCACAUGUACAACUACGCUAACAUACCUCCCCCACCUGCUGUCCCACACGCAGCUCCACCUGUACCACCCGCUCCACCAACAAUCACUAACCUUAAUUAUCACAUCAACAGCGGUGAAGACUUAGCUGGUGUUAACAGCCUACUCGUUCAACUAGGCAGGGAAGCUGUCAGUACUCUUAGCUCCAAUUCAAACUCCUCCUCCCCACACUCCUCAGAAGACAUUUUUGAUCCAGCUACGCUUGCUACUUUUGGUUUAUCACCGAGUGACUCAAGUAGUGAUGGUUUCAUUGAUUAUUCGGGUGAUUAUGCUGAUUACGCUGAUUAUUCGGGUGACUUUGGUGAUUAUAAUGAUUAUCCAACUAAUCAAUCUCAUCCACAACCUAAUUCCCACUCCCUCUCCACCUCUUUCCCUGCUAUCGACUCCUCCUUAUAUCCCCAACUCGAGAAGAAACACAAAUCCAACAAUUCCAACAACUCUCACCCUGCUUUCCUCCCUGAAUUCUCACUCUCUCCUCCCCAAAUUGCUCUCAGCGGCAAUGAAAAUGGUUAUGGCAACAGCAGUGGGAGUAUAUCAGAAAACAAGGUCAAAAAAGUUAAAGUGCCUCAGCUCACCAAGGCUAAUAUGAGGGGUGUGAGGGGUGUGAGGAGUGUGAGGAGUGUGAAAGGUGUGGGUAGUCCAACUAGUGCAACCAGUCCAACCAGUAUACACAGUCUACUCGAUGAGCCCAUGGACCAAGAUGACAAUCAAUUUGACGCGGAGAAAUUAGAUAAACUCGAAAAUCUGGAGGAAAAGGAAAAGGAAAUGGAAAUAGAGACCAACUCAGAUACAUCUUCACACUCGCACUCCACAAACGCACCAAUGCACCCUAACCCCAAUCUCACCCUUCCGCCGAUCAUCACAGCGCCACCUAGUCCACCGACUGCAUCUACCGGACUCAGUCCAUUGCAGAUAGCGGGUGCGUUAUCUCCGACGCCACACGGAGGUAUAAAGACUGAAUCGAGACCAACAUCGAGUAAUGAGGAUUUUACUGGCAGUGGCACAUCUACGUCUAGGUCUAGGUCUAGAUCCGUUUCGACUUCCACUUCCACUUCAACCCCCAGACCAAGUUCCACGUCGCGCAGUGGUAAUUGGAGAAAUGGGGAUGAUGUGGCGAUGCAACCGCAUUCGCAGUCACUGCCUGAACCAAAAUCAAACAAAAAAUCAAACCCGCCCAGUCACUCCCCCGCUACUGGUCUCGAAGCCCUCGCUCUUGCUGCAACGGCUAACGCGACGCGAACUGAAGAAUCGAGUGGGAUCGGCGAGAACACGGAGCACAGGAAGCACUCCGAUCAGACAAAUCGCACAAUUCGCGCUGUGCACGUCAUCAGAGCACUCCUCUACACUAUCAAUCUCGAUUAUAAGCAAAGGGAGGACAAGCAGAAGGUGAAUAAAAUGGAUAGCAAGGAUAGUUAUCUAUUAGGCACACACACACAAACAUACUAG